AUGUCAUACUACUAUGUAUUACUCGGCUUCUUGUCUGGUAUAAUAUUCUCUACAGUAUCAAUAUUAUAUGUUAUGUUUAGAUUGUUGUCUAAACGAGUCGAUCCUGCAAAGGUACAAAAGAAGAGACAACAACAACAACAACAAAAGAUGCAACAACAACAGCAGCAACAAUUACAGCAUUCGAUGGGACAGAAGAAGAAGAACUCAUUGUUGUUUGCAUCGUCUGCGCCCACCCUUGAGCCACUCGACUUCUCCAUUGGCAAGGACACUCCACCCACCUCCAUCGAGACAUGCAAGUGGAUCAACUUCAUCACCAAGCGACUGCUCCAAGAGGUCAACCACUCACAGCGCUUCACUCACUCACUUUACACCUUCCUCAACAACCUUGCCGAGGAUGAGUCAAAGCCUGACUUUAUUGGAAACUUAUCAUUCUCGGAUGUAAAUAUCGGAUCGACAACACCAGAGAUUGGUACAGUCAAGUUGAUAUCACCAGUCAAUGCAUCAGUCAAUGUGUUUGAGUUUGACCUCAUCUACUCUGGCGACGCAUCAGUAACAGCAUCAUCUGAACUCUGGCUCAAUUGGCCACAGAAGCACAUGGCCUGUCUACCAGUCAAGACCAAGAUAUCAAUCAAACAGUUCACAGGCAAUUUCGUUCUAUACAUCCCUAAUCAUACCAAUCCACAAUGCUCAGUGUACUUGAAGGAAUCACCAACACUUACAUUGAGAAUGGUUACAAAGAUGGGUCACGAGACAGUGUUGAAGGAGCCUGGCAAGUUGGGACAAUUCCUGCAGAAUCUGAUCGUCAAGACGUUGAACCAGAAGUUGGUCACACCAAACAGGAUACAAUUCCCAUUGUUCUCAUUCCUGCAUCCAGCCGUAUCAAACUCCACUCUGUAUCAAUCGCCAAACAUGUCUCAUCAGCAACAGCAACAGCAACAACAUCAGAUAACAGGUGGUGGAUCAUCAUCACCUUUAAUGCCAUUGUUAUCAUCGAGUUCGCCAACAUUGCAAAGUAGUCAACAUAAGCAACAACAACAGGGUAAACCUAUCAAGAGAAGAACAACAACAAAGCAACAGCAACAACAACAGCAACAUCAACAACAAUCAUUAUCAUCACAUUCAUCAUUGUCAUCAAGUCCCUUGACAUCCCCAUCCCUCUCCUCACAACCUUCCACACUAUCAUCACCAUCGACAACACUCAGCAGCAGCAACAGUAUUUCAGAGUCAUUGAACAGUCAU